AUGGGACAAACCUACGCUGAAAUCCCAGAAUAUCUCACCGAAUGGAUCCUGAAACAACAUAUGUUCUGGGUCGCAUCUGCACCUCUUUCUACAGAUGGGCAUAUCAACAUUUCCCCUAAAGGCGUUGCCAACACCUUCCAUGUCAUCAGUCCGACCAAAGUCUGGUACGAAGACCUAAGUGGAUCGGGUGCAGAGACGAUCGCCCACAUUCGCGAAAACGGCCGGAUUACAGUCUUGUUCAACGCAUUCGAGGGUCCUCCUCGAAUUGCUAGACUGUAUGGAAGGGGUUCGUACCAUGAAUUUGGAACGGCUGAAUACAACAAGCUUCUUCCGCCUGGAACACGACAACCCGGAUCUCGUGCCGCUAUUAUUGUCGACGUGUGGAAAGUUUCCACAACCUGUGGUUAUUCGGUACCCUACUACUCUUUCGUCGGCCAUCGAGUCCGCCUACUUGAUUGGGCUGCCAAAAGGGAGAAACUGGACCACGAAAAGACCACUCACUCUGUGGUGAAGGAGGCAACAGCGCCCAACCCACUCGAGCCUUCCGAAGUCAGGGGCGCGAGUCCCUUACCUCCAGUGCCCAUCGAGGCCCACCCCAACGGGAUGGUUUCAUGGUGGAGAAACCGAAACGUCUAUAGCCUUGACGGUUUACCGGCACUAUCCCUCGCUUUUCGAUCCACACACGGUGUAGGUUCCCAUAAACCUGUACCCAAGGGUACAUCCCGCUCGGGGCAGGGCCAUGGCUCAUCUUCGAAGGCCAAUCCUGGGAAUACCUCCCGAACGACCUCGGACAUUGGCACAUCUGCGAGUCACCAGACCACCCUCGACAACUCGGGCAUUACAUGGAGCCUCGCUGCAAAGAAAUCCAGAUGGGAUAAGAAUUCCACCGAAGAAAAAGAGAGAGGACCGUCGGGCUGGAACGAAGGCAUUCUUGGAGUGAACCUGUCACUCCUCGGACAUCUAUUCUCCUUCCUUCUUGGAGCGAUGCUCAUGGCUUUCUUCAAUUAUUUUUCGCGUGUUGAAUUCCGUGCCCUGGCCUCAGAGUAA